GUAUAAAUACCUUUAAAGGCCAAUACUUUCAUAGCCGAGAAUAUAAACAUCCAGAUGUAUUUAAAGACAAGAAUGUCCUUGUGAUUGGAAUGGGCAACUCUGGCACAGACAUUGCUGUAGAGGCCAGUCACCUGGCAAAAAAGGUGUUCCUCAGCACAACUGGAGGAGCAUGGGUGAUAAGCCGAGUCUAUGACUCAGGGUACCCCUGGGACAUGGUGUUCAUGACACGAUUUCAGAACAUGUUCAGAAAUUCUCUCCCAACUUCGAUUGUGUCUUGGUUGCUUGAAAGAAAGAUGAACAGCUGGUUCAAUCAUGCAAAUUAUGGCUUAAUUCCAGAAGACAGGAUUCAGCUGAGAGAACCUGUGCUAAAUGAUGAGCUCCCAGGCCGGAUCAUCACUGGGAAAGUGCUCAUAAAGCCCAAGGUAAAGGAGGUGAAGGAAAACUCAGUCAUAUUUAGCAGCACACCAAAAGAAGAGCCCAUUGAUAUCAUUGUUUUCGCCACUGGAUACACCUUUGCCUUCCCCUUCCUUGACGAGUCUGUAGUGAAAGUUGAAGAUGGCCAGGCAUCGCUGUACAAGUAUAUCUUCCCUGCGCAUCUGCAAAAGUCAACCCUGGCUGUUAUUGGUCUCAUCAAACCCCUGGGCUCCAUGAUACCCACAGGAGAAACGCAAGCUCGCUGGGCUGUUCGAGUUCUGAAAGGUCUAAAUACAUUACCACCAACAAGUGUCAUGAUAAAGGAAGUGAAUGCAAGGAAAGAAAACAAGCCCAGUGGGUUUGGCUUGUGCUACUGCAAGCCUUUACAAUCAGAUUACAUCACAUACAUUGAUGAACUCCUGACUGAUAUCAAUGCAAAACCCAACCUGUUCUCCAUGCUCCUGACGGAUCCACGCCUGGCUUUGACCCUCUUCUUUGGCCCAUGCUCACCAUAUCAGUUCCGCUUGACUGGCCCUGGAAAAUGGGAAGGAGCCAGAAAUGCUAUCAUGACCCAGUGGGACCGAACAUUCAAAGCCACCAAAACUCGAGUUUUACAAGAAUCCCCAUCUGCUUUUACAAGUUUACUUAAACUCUUUAGCUUUCUGGCUUUGCUUAUGGCUAUUUUCCUCAUUUUCCAGUAAGUAAGAUAUUUCCUAAAUGGCUUUUCAGAUGCACAGAAUAGGUUGACAGUGCUCUAGUUCCUCCAUUGCAGCAUCAUCACCUUCAUGGCAAUAGACAACAUCCAGAUAGUGAAGGGCACCCCUGCCCUUUCCAUGCUGGUCCUCUGGCUACUACUGGCAUGACUGAGCCACCCCCAGCUCCACUUGUGCCUAAUACUAGAGGAUGAUAACCAAGCUUUCUCUGCAUUUCAA